GGAGUCAUGGCCAGUCCUGAGCACCCUGGAAGCCCUGGAUGGAUGGGACCCAUCGCCCAGUGCGCCACAGGGACCGAGCAGGAAGCAGCAGCCACUGGCCCAGACCUCCCAUGUCCAGGACCCGAUGAACACUUAGGUGAGCUUGAGGCUUGGGGCUUGAUCAGAGAUAGAGGUCUGAAGACAUCUGAAAUACAAAUGUGGGCCCUUCGACAGAUGCCGCGGGAGAGGGGGCAGCUUUCCUAGGUUGACAACAAGAAUUUGGUGCCAGUCAUCUUUCUGGGAGAUGGUUCCAGGAGUCAUAGCAGGGGAGCGGUAAACUGAGGAAAGGAAGGGCAGGAAGCCAGGACAGGAUGUUGAUGGAGAGAUUACUGCUGGAGGCAACUGGGCUCAGUCCCAGAGGGGGUCCUCUGCAAGACAUAUGGAACACAUCUCAGAGUCAUCCCAUCCAAGAGGUGAGGGGACCAGUCCCAUCCUUCAUCAGCCAAGGAAAGUUCCAGAACAUACCGCUUUAGCUGAAGGAAGCCCUCAGUGUGAGAGUCCUAGGUGCUUCCAGUAGAAGCCAGUGGGACAUUCUGGAACAGUGAGUGCCCAGCACCGCUAUAGUGUCAUGUCCUGGAGCAAAUUUAUUUACUCACUCGUGCAUUCCCUCAGUAUGCACCCAUGGACCGUCUGCCCUGUCCUUGGCCCUGUGCGGGGCCCUGGGGAAAACAAGAGCGAAUCAAGCACCGCAAGCCCUCCAGUGUGGUAGGGAAACAGAUCUGUGAAAAAUAAUUUGAGAUGUCACCAAAAUAGGCUGUAGGGACGAGGUGGGAGGCUCUUACUCUGAUGCAAGGGGACAGCUGAAGUGACAUCUGGGCUGGGUCUUGAAGGGCACCGGAGCCCCAUAUCCCUUGAAAUAAAAUGCACAGCGAUCUGUGCAUCUCGGCAGGGAAGGAUUCUCAUCGUUCCCAAGAUCCUCAGAAGGGCUCACCGCCCAAGGGAGGUCGAAGACACACUGUUCGGUUUGCAGACACCCCCGGCGGCCCCAGCCCCAACUCCAGCAUGACCACCGGGGAGCUGCAGGAGUACUGGCGGAAGGAGAAGCGCGGCUGGAGGCGCGUCAAGCUGCUCUUUGAGGUCGCGUCGGCCCGCAUCGAGGAGAGAAAAGUCUCCAAGUUCGUGAUGUACCAAAUCGUCGUCAUCCAGACAGGGAGUUUUGACAGCAACAAGGCCGUGCUGGAGCGGCGCUAUUCAGACUUUGAGACGCUCCAGAAAAACCUCCUCAAGACGUUCAGGGAAGAGAUCGAGGAUGUCGUCUUCCCCAAGAAGCACCUGAUGGGCAACUUCACGGAGGAGAUGAUCUCCGAGCGCAAGUUGGCCUUCAAGGAGUACCUGAGCCUGCUCUACGCCAUCCGCUGUGUGCGGCGGUCCCGCGAGUUCAUCGAUUUCCUAACCCGGCCGGAGCUCAGGGAGGCCUUUGGCUGCCUGCGAGGCGGCCAGUACACCAGGGCCCUGGACAUCCUGGUGCGCGUGGUGCCCCUGCAGGAGAAGCUGACGGCCCACUGCCCCGUAAUGGUGGUCCCCGCCCUCUGUGCCAUGCUGGUGUGCCACCGUGACCUUGAACGCCCUGCUGAAGCCUUUGCGGUGGGUGAGAGGGCCCUCCAGUGCCUGCAAGCCCGGGAGGGCCAUCGCUACUACGCCCCCCUGCUGGACGCCAUGAUCCGCCUGGCCUACACGCUGGGCAGAGACUUCGUUUCGCUGCAGAAAAGGCUGCAGGAGAGCCAGCUCCGGAAGCCCACCCCCUGGGGCCUCACCCUGAAGGAACUCGCCGUGCGGGAAUAUCUGUACUGAGCCCCUCUGGCAGGCGGGCUGGAGACUUGGGGUCACCGCUGCUCGGUGGGCGGUUUGGGGUUCACGUUUAGUGGGCAGAGCCACGUUGGACCCUAGGUUGCUGGGUGACCCUGGACAAGUCCUUCCUCUGGCCCUCCGUUUCCCCAUCUCUGUUGAACAGAGGUCCCUCGGGGCAUCCUUGGAAGCCUCCGCUCGAGUCCUGUGUCCCUUCGAUGCCAGGUUCACCUCAUCUCAAAACCACGAACCCAGCUGCCAAAAUGCCAGAGAGUGAGAUCCAUCUUUCUGGUGUUUUUGCAGGUGGCUGGAGGGGAGGUUGACAUUGCACGCCACGGACAGAGCUUAACCCAUCUCGUACAGACAGCUCUCUCCAGCCGUCCUCUCUUUCCUCUCUGCUCCUUCUCCCUUGACCUUGCCUGCAGAUAUCCCCACCGUUAUCCUAAAUAUUCCAGCUCUUCCCUCUUAGCGUGUAAACCUGACUCGGCAAAACAAAAGCUCAUCCGCUGCUCCUCAAGGCCAACUUUGUCCCUAAGAUGGGGUGUAUGGGACCCUUUGAAGGGCGGAGGGACACUGGGCUAGAACAUAAUCAUGUCAUAAGAUUCUGUGAAACGAGGCAUUUUUAGGAAGGGAAGUUGCCCACGAUUCUCUGGUUAGGAUUACGCAACUCAUUGCCGGGUUGGGUUUUCAUUUAUGGGCAGCUGGCCCCCAAAUAGGCUCCCUGAGUUAUGUAGACACAGCCCUGAAGGGAGGUGGGGUGAUACACGGUGGGACCUCUGGGUAGGACACUGAUUGAAUGCUUAACACCUCCGCAUUGAGGAACAAUGUUCUUGGAACCUCUGUGCCGGAUGGGGAUGCCCUUGGCCGAAGUCUGCUUUCAGGAAAGGACACCGAGAGCCCAGAGUUGAGGGGAGUCUGGACCCAUAACCCAGGCUCGACACUGGUCCUGAAGCUGAUGGUGCAGGCUGGUUUGGGCCAAUGUGUGUUUGCGGCUAGAAGUCCCUGGAGACCUAAACCAUCUGCUUGAACUUAUCAGAGCAAAAUAAAGAGGCUGUAACCUGGACCCGUAAUGUGGGGCACCAGCCUGGCCUGUGUGAGGAUCUGGCUCAGCACGGGGAUCACAGUGGCCGUGGACGGGCAUCCGCCAAGCUGCACCGGAACGUGUUCAACCGCGACACCGUGUGGCGGCAGCUGUAGCGGCCCGAUCAGGCUCUGGCCUCGAGGCUAGAAACAUCUGAUGAUACCUGGGGACAGAGAAAGCUUCAAGUCCCUCAAUUUACGCAGGGAGGACACUUUGAAUGGGAGAUGCCAGGCUUCUUGAAAAUCUGGGCGUGUGGGAAAUUACAGUGUUAAGUGGAAAUACAAAGGGCCGUGACUCUACUUGUUGUGGUGAAGAA